GACGCGCGGUGCUGCAGCCUGUGCGGUCGCAGAGAGGAGGACUCUGGGCUCCGGUUCGUACCUCUCCAAAUGCCACCGGACACCGACAGCGGCCUCGGACCGGACGGACAUCAGCGGCGGGACCGCGACGCACGCGACUCACCGGGAACAUGGCGGCGGGAACAACAACCUGCUCGGUACCGGAUCGACGAUAAAUCAGAGGAACGACGCGGUUGGCGGGCUGGCAACGGAGGAGCAUCAAUUAGCACAGAGGCGAUGAGGGGAAGCCUGAAGGCAGCAGCCCGUUACUAAGCAACAACAACAGCAACACAGCGUGCGGAACCACACACAGCAUGGGCUACAAGAUCCCCGGGGCGGCGAUGGACCGAGUCAGUCUGCUGUGGCGUCUGAGGCGUCGGGCUCGCCGCGGAGCUCUCUGCAUGGCCUUCUUCUGCAUCUCCAUGGCUCUGCUCUACGCCAUCUGCGCUGAAAACAGCGUGCCCGUCACCGAUGCCAUCUUCGGAGUCCGGGCUCGGACGCGGGCUCAGCCUCGUGCACACUCUGUCAUUAAGGUGCUGCGAGGCGGAGCCAAGCCCAUGUACAUCGACCCUCAGAAGCUCCCAGGUGUCGUCCCAGGCGACCCUCACCGUCCGAUCCCCGUCCUCUCCUCCCCGAACCGCACCCACGAUGCUGAGGAAUCGUCAAAGCGGAAGCUGAGAGAGCGGGAGCCUUCUGGGUUUUUCACUCGGCUGCUGCCGCGCCCUUUCACGCGUGCCCUCGAGACCCUGUUUGGAGGCCGGCGGAGGGGGGAGCUGAGUGGAAGAGUGGGGGAUGCGGAGUUCUUCGGACCUCACGGUCUCCUGGGAGAGGUGUGGGAUGACGAGAUGUCCAGUAGCAUGCUGGGAAGCAGGCUGAGGAAGGUGGUGCAGAAUUAUCAGGCGAUGAAUAAGUACGGAGUGCAGUUUUCCGGCCCCGGCGGUGUGUCCAGCAGGCCCAAGCUGAGCGGCCCUGAGCUUCUCUGCCAGAUGAAGGACAAGGUAGAGGUCACGACUUUGACCUCUGACCUCCAGCCCUUCUCGUCAGUGCCCUGGGCUGCACAGCUGCCACCGCAGCAGCUGACCUCUGACCUCGGGCCAUACAGGAGCUGUGCUGUGGUGUCGUCAGCAGGGUCGCUGCGCUACUCCGGACUUGGCAAAGAGAUAGAUUCUCAUGAUGCCGUGCUGCGCUUCAACGCCGCGCCGACCACUGGCUACGAGAAGGAUGUCGGUUCUAAAACCACAAUCCGCCUCAUCAACUCCCAGGUGAUGGCGUCUGAUGACCAUCGCUUCCUGUCCAGCUCUCUGUACAGCUCAGGUGCCCUGGUGGCCUGGGACCCCGCCCCCUUCUCUGCUGACCUCACUCAGUGGUACAACAGGACAGACUACCCCAUCUUCACCCAGUACCAGAGAUACAGGAGGCUUCAUCCUCUGCAGCCCUUCUACAUCCUGCAUCCUCGCUUUGAGUGGCAGGUCUGGCAACGAAUACAAGACAACAUGGCCGAGCCCAUCCAGAAGAACCCGCCCUCCUCUGGCCUGCUGGGCACCGUCCUGAUGAUGUCGCUGUGCGAGCUCGUGCAUGUCUAUGAGUUCCUGCCGUCACGAAGGAAGACGGAGCUCUGCCAUUACUACCAGCGCUUCUACGACGCUGCCUGCACGCUUGGCGCCUACCACCCUCUGCUGUACGAGAAGAACCUGGUCAAGAGGAUGAACCAGGGCUCCGACCGCGACAUCUACUCCCACGGGCGCGUCACGCUGCCGGGGUUCAGGAAGCUGAACUGCACCCAGGCUGCAGAGCAGUGAAGCACAUCCAUACACACACACACACACACACACACACACACAUACACGACGAUGAGGAGCAGAAAGCUGCAUGAAGACACGUGAACACGAGGACAGACGCAUGAACACCUUAUCCUCACUGCCGAAACUAAAGGAACGCUGUGCCACUCACUAUAAAUAUGACAUGUUGUUACUGUAGGCUGUAAACACCUCACACACACACACACACACACACACACACACUGGAGUCCAAUCAGCUGAUAGAUGUGCCUGUCAUUCACACAUACAGAUAUCCUUCAGAGGACGUUCCACUGAUAACGUUCAUCCCCCGUAACGACCCUUAAAGGACCAUGCUUAUCCAACUUAUCUCAACUUAUCUUAUAAAUCACGAGCACGUUUCAGACAAACAUCAGCCAAGUCUUUUUCCAAAGCAUUCGGUCGGCCUUAAACAUCUUUCAAACAAACAUCAGCUCUCACCCACUGUCGACACUGAAAGGGAAAUGUAUAUAACAGUUCAACAAACAAUAAGAAACCUGCAUACGAAGGCCCAGACACACCAAACACACCUCAGAGAACCAGCGGUGUCGAAGGCCUCCUGCUGCGUCACCUCACAUCACCUGCCAGUGUUGGGCAAUAACACCUUACAGUAAUAAUAUCACUUUUCCCAGUAAUGAGUAGUGUAACUAAUUACUAACAUUUCAGUCAGGAACACACGUCGUAAUUUGAACCAUUUAUUGCGACAAAUUUAAAAACAGUUCUAUUUGGCGCCGAGGGCUCCGCUCUGGAGGUGCUCCCUGGAUCAGACAAGCAGCAUGCUGAGCCAAAACAGGAAGUGCAAUGCAGAGGGAAGGAUGGUGAGGCGUUCAGGUGCCGCUCUCUAACAAUGGCUUUAUUGCAGUCGUCACCACUGAACAAUAAACAUGGUCGUCUUAUGAGGUCGAACAGCAGCCCUGAGCUAAACUCUGCUGACUAUCAUUACUCUUUGCUGCUUGCUGUCUUCACCAUGACACCCCUGUCAACGUUACAGAUCAGAAGUACAGAAAGUUGUUGACUAGAGAUGAUACGCCG